AUGCCUUCGUUGAAAAAUAAAUCAACAGCCAACACUGAUGUUGUAGGCGGUGGUGAUUCGUCAAUGUUCGAUAUCACACUUGCUCAACUUACGGAACUUAUGGAUGUACGAGGAAUAGAUUUAACAGAAAAACUUCAUUCAUCUGAAUAUAAUGGUAUUAAAGGCGUAUUAGAAAAAUUAAAAGUAGAUGUCAAUAAGGGACUUGAUUCCAAAAAUCAGCAAGAUCUUGAACAACGUCGCACAGCUUACGGAAGAAAUGAAAUACCACCAAAACCAAUGAAAACAUUUCUAAGAUUAUGUUGGGAUGCGCUUCAUGAUAUGCUUUUAGUUAUAUUGUUAGUGUGUGCUGUUGUUUCAAUUGGUCUCUCGUUUUAUAAACCACCUCAAGAAGGCGGCAAUGAAAAAGAAGAUGAACCAAAUCUUGAAUGGAUUGAAGGUGUAGCAAUAUUGGCUGCUGUUCUUGUAGUUGUAUUUGUAACUUCAUUCAAUGAUUGGCGAAAAGAACGACAAUUUCGUGGUUUACAGAAUAAAAUUGAAAAAGAUCAACAAGCAUCGGUUAUAAGAGACAAUGUUAUACAGCAAAUUCCUAUUUCAGAACUUGUUGUUGGUGAUCUUUGCUUUAUUAAAUAUGGUGAUCUUUUACCAGCUGAUGGUUUAAUUGUUCAAUCAAGUGAUCUGAAAACUGACGAAUCAUCGAUAACAGGAGAAACUGAUUUAGUAAAAAAACAUGAAGAUGACGAUGUUGGAUUACUAGCAGGAACCCAUGUUAUGGAAGGUAGUGGCCGAAUGCUUGUUGUUGGCGUUGGUCUUAAUUCACAAGUUGGUAGAAUUAUGAGUCUACUUGGAGCAACAAACGAUGAUUCUAAAAAGAAACAGGGUGGCAAAAAGACAACGAAAAAAACUGAAAACUCUAAAACUCCAAAACCAAAACCAUUAUUAUCAACGAAAGUUUCACCUGAUAAAUCGAAACCAAAUGAUAAUGAAAGCAAUAAUCAAACGGUACAUACAGAAAACGAAAACAAUCGAUCAACAACAACAACAAGUUCAGGCGUUCAUAAACUGCCACCAUUUUCACAAACGAAUAAUGAUGAGCAUGGGAUGAAACGCACAAAGACAGAGAAUAGUAGUCAAGAACAAAUGAAACAAUUGAAAGCAGACAAACAAAAACAAUCUACUAGUCGAUCAAUAACAACAACAUCAUCAUCUCUUGAACGAGAUAGUUUUCGUGAUGAGAAAAAUAAAUCAGGAGAGAAAGAAGAGAAUAGCAAACAUACUAAAGAAGAUCGUGAACAGAAACCGACUGAUCCAGCGGGAUUAGCUGAAGCGGUCCAAAAUAAUGAUGAUAAAUCAGGUGAAUCAAAAGCUAGUAAACACAAAUCUGUUCUUCAAGCAAAAUUAACAACAUUAGCUCUUUAUAUUGGUUAUAUUGGUAUGGCUGCUGCGUUUUUAACACUAGUCUGUUUAAUCGUUCGUUUCUGUAUAACAACUUAUGUUCUUCAAAAGAAAAAAGCCAAAGCAAGUGAUGUUAGUUAUUUUAUUGCAUUUCUCAUCCAAGCUAUUACCGUCGUUGUUGUCUCAGUACCAGAAGGUUUACCAUUGGCUGUUACACUUGCUCUUGCCUAUGCUGUUCGAAAAAUGAUGACUGAUAACAAUCUUGUUCGACAUUUAGAUGCUUGUGAAACCAUGGGUAAUGCAUCGACAAUAUGUUCAGAUAAAACAGGAACUUUAACAACAAAUCGAAUGACAGUUGUACAAUUCUAUAUAAAUGGAAAGCACCAUGAACACAUACCGAAACAUGAAGAAGUGAAUCAAGAUGUAUUACCACUCCUUUUCGAAUCUAUAUGUGUCAAUUCCAACUAUACAUCAAAGAUAGAAGAACCAAAAAAAGAAGAUGGUGGUUUAUCAAAACAAAUUGGUAAUAAAACUGAAUGUGCCUUACUUGAUUUAGUGAAACAAUGGAACGGAUCUUACGAUGAAAUUCGUAAAAAAAUUCCUCAAGAUAGUUUAGCUAAAGUAUACACAUUUAAUUCCGCACGAAAAAUGAUGAGUACAAUUAUUCAACGUGAUCAAGGCUAUCGUUUAUAUACAAAAGGUGCAUCAGAAAUGGUUUUAGCAAAAUGCAUUUCAAUGGUUGGUGAAAAUAAUCAACCCAAAGAUUUAAAUGAAAAUAAAAAGAAACGAAUAACACAUGAUGUGAUCGAAAAAAUGGCUAAUGACGGUUUAAGAACAAUUUGUAUUGCAUAUAAAGAUCUUGGUAAUGAAAAACAAAAUUGGGAUGAUGAAGAUAAAAUUGUUAAUGGUUUGAUAUGUAUUGGUAUUGUUGGAAUUGAAGAUCCUGUUCGUAAAGAAGUACCGGAAGCCAUUGCAAAAUGUCAAAAAGCCGGUGUUAUUGUUCGUAUGGUAACAGGUGAUAAUAUAAUGACAGCUCGUUCAAUUGCAACGAAAUGUGGUAUUCUCAAACCAAAUGAUGAUUUUCUUGUACUCGAAGGAAAAGAAUUUAAUAAACGUAUUCGUGAUUCAUCGGGAAAGAUUUCGCAACAGAAACUUGAUGAGAUUUGGCCAAAAUUACGUGUUUUAGCACGUUCAUCACCACAAGAUAAAUAUAAUCUAGUGAACGGUAUUGUUGAAAGUCAAGUAACACGACAUCGAGAAGUUGUAGCUGUGACAGGCGAUGGAACAAAUGAUGGGCCAGCAUUGAAACGUGCUGAUGUUGGAUUCGCUAUGGGUAUUCAAGGAACAGAUGUUGCCAAACAAGCAUCGGAUAUUAUUUUAACUGAUGAUAAUUUUUCAUCCAUCGUCAAAGCAAUGAUGUGGGGACGAAAUGUUUAUGAUUGCAUAGCAAAAUUUCUUCAAUUUCAACUUACUGCUAAUGUAUCAGCCGGUGUCAUAUCAGUCAUUUCAGCUGCAGCUAUAAGUAGUGUUCCAUUGAGAGCUGUUCAAAUGCUUUGGGUAAAUCUUGUUAUGGACACAUUAGCAUCGUUAGCACUGGCUACAGAGCCGCCAACAGAAGAACUAUUAAAUCGAAAACCUUAUGGCCGUACAAAAUCAAUCAUAUCGCCAUUGAUGCUACGUAAUAUUAUUGGUCAAUCACUUUAUCAACUUGCUAUUAUGUUUAUUAUACUCUAUGCUGGGCAAUAUUUUUUGGGUUUUGAAUCAACCGUUGCCAAGAUUCAAAAUGAUCCGCAUGCUGGAAGAGAAAUAAAUAUACAAUUUACAAUGGUAUUCAAUGCAUUCGUAUUAAUGACUUUAUUCAAUGAAAUUAAUGCAAGAAAAUUGCAUGGUGAAAGAAAUGUAUUCAAAGGAAUAUUUACAAAUCCAUUUUUCUAUGGUAUUUGGUUAUUUUGUUUUUGUUCCCAAAUUUUAAUUGUUACUUUUGGUGAUAAAGUUUUCAGUUGUGCCCGAUUAAAUAUAAAACAAUGGGCAUGGAGUUUACUUUUUGGUGUUGGAUCACUAAUAUGGCAGCAGAUUCUCUUAUUUAUUCCAAUGAAACCAUUUAGUAAAUGUUUUUCAGCGUUCUGUCGUAUUUGUUGUCCAUGUUGUUGUAAAAAACAAAAGAAAACUGAUGAAACAGGGGGAGAAGAAACAGAAGGUAGCAAAUCUGAUGGUAAAGAUAAAAGAAAACAAGCAACCAAAACGACUGAUACAGAUUCUGAAGAUGAUAUGUAUCGUGACGCACUUUCCAAAUAUGCUACUAUUGGCCAGUUAACCACUGCAACAGUUGUUGCUGAACCACCACGAGUAUUUGCUAAAUUCAUGCUUCGAAAAAGUGUUGAUCGACUUAAUUCAGAGUUUCGUAUUAUUAAUGAAUUUCGAUCACGACUUGAAGAGCUUCAAGAGAAAAGAUAUGAAGAAUCAAUCGGACAAAAACAUCAUAGUCAAGACAAUAUUGUCGAGGAAUAA